GCGGCGGAGAAAUGGGGAACAAUGCAAGUGAGCAACUUCAGGAAGUCAUUGUGAAAGAAAGCUGGGAAGAGUGCGGCGGCCACGUUAGCCGGGCGUUCUAACAAGUGCCUGCACGGCCGGCGCCGGGCGGUGACAGUGGCGACAGUCCCUGGGUCCCCACGGAGCGCAGCCAAGGCGGCUGGACGCUUGGCCGCGACGAGGCGGCGGAGCAGGCGAGCCCGUCAGGGCAGACGGAGCCCCAGCUCUCAGGUUGCUCUUGCAGCCCGACGAUCAAUCUUGGCCCCCAAAGUGCGACGCACAAGUCCACAUAACCUGAGGACAAUGGACGCUGAUGAGGGUCAAGACAUGUCCCAAGUUUCAGGGAAGGAAAGCCCGCCAGUAAGUGACACUGCAGACGACGGCGAUGAACCCAUGCCUGUCCCCGAAGACCUUUCCACCACGUCUGGAGGACAGCAGAAUGCCAAGAGUGAGAGAGGCGUGGCCAGUAAUGUUAAAGUAGAGACUCAGAGUGAUGAAGAGAAUGGGCGUGCCUGUGAAAUGAAUGGGGAAGCAUGUGCCGAGGAUUUACGAGUGCUUGAUGCCUCGGGAGAGAAAAUGAAUGGCUCCCACAGUGGCCAAGGCGGCAGAGCUUUGUCGGGAGCUGGAGGCAUUCGACUUCCUAACGGCAAACUAAAGUGUGAUGUCUGUGGGAUAAUUUGCAUCGGUCCCAAUGUGCUCAUGGUCCACAAGAGAAGCCACACUGGAGAGCGGCCUUUCCAGUGCAGCCAGUGUGGGGCCUCCUUCACGCAGAAGGGCAACCUGCUCCGUCACAUCAAGUUACACUCGGGGGAGAAGCCCUUCAAGUGCCACCUGUGCAACUAUGCCUGCCGCCGGAGGGACGCCCUCACGGGCCACCUGAGGACGCACUCCGUUGGUAAACCUCACAAAUGUGGAUAUUGUGGCCGAAGCUAUAAGCAGCGAAGCUCUUUAGAGGAACAUAAAGAGCGUUGCCACAACUACUUGCAAAGCAUGGGCCUUCCAGGCACGCUGUACCCAGUCAUUAAAGAAGAAACUAAUCACAGUGAAAUGGCAGAAGACCUGUGCAAGACAGGAUCAGAGAGAUCCCUCGUGCUGGACAGACUAGCAAGUAACGUCGCCAAACGUAAGAGCUCUAUGCCUCAGAAAUUUGUUGGGGACAAGUGCCUGUCGGACAUGUCCUAUGACAGCACCAGCUACGAGAAGGAGAAUGAGAUGAUGCAGACCCACGUGAUGGACCAAGCCAUCAACAACGCCAUCAGCUACCUGGGCGCCGAGUCCCUGCGCCCCCUGGUGCAGACGCCCCCAGGCAGCUCCGAGGUGGUCCCGGUCAUCAGCCAGAUGUACCAGCUGCACAAGCCCCACACAGAGGGCUCUGCGCGGGCCAACCACUCGGCCCAGGACAGCGCCGUGGAGAACCUGCUGCUGCUGUCCAAGGCCAAAUCCGCGUCAUCCGAGAGGGAGGCGUCGCCGAGCAACAGCUGCCAGGACUCCACGGACACGGAGAGCAACGCCGAGGAGCAGCGGGGCGGCCUCAUCUACCUGACCAACCACAUCAACCCCCACGCCCGCAAUGGCCUGUCCAUCAAGGAGGAGCACGCGGCCUACGAAGCGCUGCGGGCGGCCUCCGACAGCUCCCAGGACGCCUUCCGCGUCAUCGGCACGGGCGGCGAGCACAUGAAGGUGUACAAGUGCGAACACUGCCGGGUGCUCUUCCUGGACCACGUCAUGUACACCAUCCACAUGGGCUGCCACGGCUUCCGCGACCCUUUCGAGUGCAACAUGUGCGGCUACCACAGCCAGGACCGGUACGAGUUCUCAUCCCACAUCACGCGCGGGGAGCACCGCUUCCACCUGAGCUAAGCCGGCCUGUGCCCCGCCCCACUCGCCACGCCCCUCCCUCAACACUGAGAUGCCAGAAGGGAACCAGGACGUUGGGCUUUUUUUUUUCUUAAUUGACCUUCCGUUUUCUUUUCUUUCCUUUUUUUAAGUUGCUUAGGAAUUUGAUUUGCAUGUAGAAACCAGAAUUUUAUUGCUGGAUGCUCACAGCCCACUCCCCACAGAUGCAGGGUUACAUCUGGGGGCUGGGUAUGUUAAGUGACUGCUACCGAUUUUCUCCGAAAAUAAGUUAGUCGGAUCAUCAGCUCUAAUGCAUCUUUUGGAGCAAAAAUUAAUAUAAGACCUGGUCUUAUAUUAUAUUAUGUUAUAUAAUGCCCGCUCUUAAAAUUAUAUAAUUUAUAUUAAUUUUUGCUCCAAAAGACGCAUUACAGCUGAUGGUCCGACUAGCUGAUGGUCUUAUUUUCGGGGAAACAGUAGCUAAAAUCCACUCACUCAGCUGUCCUAGGAUAUUUUCUGCCCACUAAUCAGUUAUUUUCACGAGAAUUUUGUCACACCAGGCACAGCCUGGGAUGAAAGGAGACGGGUCCAGUGCUAGGCCAGGGGUGGAACACCAGAUGGGCUCCCAAAGCCCCAGAAGCAGUGCUCGCAGCCCCUGGCACUGCAGGUGAGCUCCCCUAGGGGCGCUCUGACCCAGCAGGGUCUGGGAACUACACAGUUAUGUCAUGCAAUUUUUAAAGGAAAUAUAUUCUAAGUCAUUUUCUGUACAGGAGAAGAAGUUAUUGGGAAAGUUGUGCCUGUUGGGCUCCUUGGGCAAAGAUGGGGAAGGCAUGGGAGCCUCUCAGACUCCUCAAUGUCCACUGCCCUGAAUGAAUUCUAGAGCAAAGGCUGGGAAGCCUUCUGAGCAUAAAAGCAUUGCGGGUAUUUCCUGGUCAGCAGUCUGGAGCCUGACUCAUUGCUCUGGAGUCAUUAUAAGUUCUGUAAUGAACUAGUCCCCUCCAGUCUUCAGAAACAAACCUUCUCCUGUGCCUUUGAGCUUUACAAAAAGAAUGGAGCCCACAAAGAUACAGUUCUUGAGCCAUGCAUGGGCUUCUGUGCUUACAGAACAGUAUGCCAUUUUGAAACAGGAAACAGUAUCAUAAUGCAGGUAACGGUGCACUGAACAAUGGCACAGAUAGAAGAACCAGCUGCUGAGAGCUUUCAUUCAACACGCAGUGACAGAGAAAGACACGCCUCAUCUAAAUGGGCAGAUUCAAAGUGGGAUGCUUAGAUUUCCCGCAGUUUGGCCCAUUUCACCUGCCCUGUGCUUUCCAUCCAGCCCACAAAGUCAGGUGGUAGCCAGGUUUUAUUUUUCUCAGUGGCUUUACACAAAGUUCAACCCAGAAUUGUAAAUAGAGGCUACCCCAGUACUUUUCUAAAAUGCUUUCCCCUUCUUUUCACUGCCUUUUAUAGAUAAUAUAACUAUUUACACACUUUUUGUUGUAGUUUUAUAUUGUAAAAGCAUUUUCCUUUGAAACAUUGUAUUUAAAUAAGAUUUCCUACGAUGUCAAUGGGUAAUUAAAUUAUGUUUCAAAAGUGGCCACAUUCUGUACCAAAAGAUGUUAACGUUUUCUUCUAGCUGGUAAAGUAGAAUUUUGCAUGCCCUCUACCUUUUUGUUCUGUCGCUGUCCUGCUGUUGGGUAGUGUGAGUGUGUGUCUUGGGGACCGCUGUGUACUGAAGUGCCUGGGUGUCACACACUGUCAUUGUGGUUAAAAUACAUAGCAGAGGAAGGAGGGUUAGAAGUGGCAGGUCCAUCUGUUGAGCAGGACGAGAAUUGUUCGCCAUCCUGCCUCUCCCGCCACCACCUUCCUGGACACAGAAAGCCUGGACACAGGCUCCCGACCCAGGUCCCUUCUGGAACGUGUGCCUGAGAGCACGGGCUUGUCCUAGUUGAAGAGUCACUAGAAGGACUGCAUUACUGAUCUGUCACCAAAGGGCAUGCAUGUCCCACUUCCAGUUGCGAGUCAAGUCGGGAAUGAAAUCUUAACAUCUUGAUUGAGAAAGGGAUCAUACGUACCUGUUAGAGAAAUGUAAACUUCUUUGACGGUGUUUUUUCUACUUUUGUGUUUUUUUCUUAUUUUGUUUUGAUUACAUUGUGAGUCGUAUCGUAUCAUCUUUUAGUCAAAAGAUUAAAUGUAUAUGUGCAGUCAA